AAAUGGCGAUACUCGGAAGUUUGAUGACGUUUUUUGUGUCAUACCUUAAGCCCGGGAGCCCUUGCAUUCAACUGUGGGAUUAAUUCAUCGUCGUCGUCCUGUGCUAGCUCUGUGCUUUUUUGAUUACUAUGAUAUAAAGGUAUAGUCCAUAUGGAAAGAAAGUGGGUAAUCAUGUGCUUUUCAGGAUGAUAACCUGUUCAUUUCGCCCUUCGUGGAUAAGAAGUUUUCCAAACACCCGUAGUUUUGUGCUUUCCUCUUUGAAGGCUGCUUGGUAUUUUACAUAAAUAUUGAUUAUUUGUACUUUCACUUCUUGGUUUAAUUGUUUUCUUUUCUUGUGUGCUUCUAAGAAUUUUGUUUUAUCUUGUUUUUUGUGGUAAGAAUUUUUUUUUACUUUGAGAGAAGUGUUCGUUAAAAUAUGUUAGAUUUUCAAUAAGAUUUCACAAUCCCUUUUCUUUUUGUGCUUAAAGUAGUGAGAUUUCUUUAGGGAUCAGAUAGGGAGAAUGUACUUAAACCAUACUGUUGGUCCACUGCCUGUGAGGUGGCUGUGGUCAACGUGGUGACGAGCAGAGAGCCAGAGUGCCUCUGACAUAGUCGGGCCAUCCUCUGGUCCGGUAGCACACGAUGAGCAGCAAUAACGUGGCUCAUGUGUCCUCUGUGGACAAGGGGCUCAAAAUGAAGAUCAAGCGCACUAAAGUCCCCAACAAAGUGGACUCUAAACAUCACGAAGUGGUUAAGUCUGAAGCUAGUGGUGGUGCCGUGAAGUCAUCCUCCUCUUCUGUUACAUUAUUACCGUCCGCGUCUUUAGCCUCGUUUUCUUCCUCGUCAUCGUCUUCAUUGUCGUCGCCGAACAUGGCUGUGUCCUCAUCUUCUACAACUGCUGCUACUUCCGGUGUGAACUCCACGACCAGCAGCAACUUCGGUUUUCCAGGAUCUACGUCACAUUUGCUGUCUACCUUGACCGCCCCGUCGUCGUCCUCAGCAGCCAUGUCAUCCUCGUCAUCUACUUCGUCGCCGUCGUCAGUAUCAUCGUUGCCCUCUUCGUCUGCCAAUACCUCGCACAACUCGGCCCCGCACGGCGGUCCGGUCAUGCCAAACCCCACGGUGGCGCUCCUCAAGGCCGUGAACGCCGGCGUGUCCUCGGAUGUUUACUCACACGCUGGGGGCGCACUCGUGGGCUCGGGGAAAUCCCCAGUCAAGAAUACUGGAGGUCUAGGGAAUACCAGCAUGACGGGUGGCGAUCCCAAAGACAACAAAUCCCCCAAAUCGAAGGCAGCAUACAAUAAAAAGGGGAAAGAUGGUGGGAACAAAGUGAUUGGUGGGAGAGACCACACCCAGGGCGGUGUUGGAUCCUCGUUACUACAAAACUCUGGAGGUGCUGCGAAUAUGUCGGGUGGCGAUGCUAACAAUAUGUGUCGCACGGGCUCUGGUGUAGGCAUGUCGAACAGUGGCCAGACCUUCUCCACUAUUUCCAAUUCUUUUGCUUCGAGCGCCGUCGGAGGCCUGGGAGUUCUGGCUUCCUCGCUGGCGUCAGAGCCACGUCCCGGCGACACGGUACACGUCAAACGGGAAAACCCCGUCCACGACCCGUACGAGUUCAACGCCAAAGUGGAGGAUAAGAUUGAACUUCCACCCAAGAAGCUGAAGAUUGAGAAGGUGGACAGUCUGGAGACGGCUACAUCACCACAGCCUCAGCAUCACCAUCAGCUUCCCCACCAGCUUCAACAGCAGCAUCAACAACAUCAGCAGGGUGCUAUGGCAACUAAUCUUCACUCUCCAGCAUCCUCGUCCUACCAGCACCAGAAUCAGGUUUAUCACCAUCACCACCACCAAAGUACGCAGCAGCAGCUGCAGCAACAUCAUCACCAUCCCCACCAACAACAAGUCCCUCCAUCUCGGCGUAGCGUGGGCGUGGACGCAUGUAGUGUUGGUAUAGUCACAGAACCCGAUUGUUUGGGACCUUGUGAACCGGGUACCACUGUGGGACUGGAGGGCAUUGUCUGGAAGGAGACGGAUAAUGGAGUGUUGGUUGUAAACGUGACGUGGCGAGGCAAGACUUACGUCGGUACACUCAUGGACGCUACCAGAUACGCCUGGGCGCCCCCAAGACCUAGCGGCUGCGAGUCGCCAGUAAGUGACUUCGAGUCAAGGACACCCAAGGGUCGUGGCAAGCGCACGUGCAGGAACUCCGUGCAGACCAAUGAGCGCCUCCCAGAGGGACGUCGUCUGCGGAAAGGCAGGAGAGGCACAGUGAACAGCAACAGCAGCAAUUUCAUGGCACCUCCCAGCCCGGCUAAGUCCGAUAUCGCCAGCUGUAACGUGAAGAGGAAAGCGCGGGCGGCUGAGCCGGAAGCAGAGAAGGCCAAAAGAAGUCGGUCGUGCUCGCGAGGAGCUGGGGCUGAUAGUCCCACCACAGACGGCUACAUCGUGUGUCCGGAGCCGAAUUGUCAUAAAAAGUAUAAGCACAUGAAUGGGCUUAGGUACCACCGUACGCACGCGCAUCGAAAAUCCUCCGUCACUGAUGAUGUUAGAGACGAGGAGGAUGAUGAGGAGGAUGAGGAGAAGCCGGAGAAGAAAGAGAAGACUACAUUGUCGGAGAGGGCUGAGAGAAUGAGGGCGAAGGAAAGGCAGCGACUGAAAGAGCAGCAAAGAAACUCUGAUAGAGACUCUAAAGAUUCUAUUGACGACGACAUUCCCCUGAAAGAGAUUGCAAACUCUUGUCGAGCGAACCAGAACUCUGAAAAUAAUAGUUCUAAUAAAAACGGGUCAGACGAAGUGACAGUUUUCACCAGUGAGUCCGGUUCCAGUGUUGCGGUCAGUACAAUGGGUAGCAAAAUUGACCCUCAAGUGGUGCUCACCAAAACAACGGUUCACUUACAACAAAAAGAGUCAGCCACGGGAAGUGUGGUUUCCACUUCUGGGGGGAAGAAGAAAGAUGCUAAUGCAUCGUCAGAUUCACACUCUUUAUCGUCGACUUCAUUGUCAUCAGCGUCCGCUUCUGCUUCCUUGUCGUCCUCAUCUUCAGUGCCUUCUUCCGUCUCGGCGUCUUCCGAGAGCUCCUCGUCCCAGGCCCCUGUAAAUAACGUCACGUCAUCCUUGUCAUCAUCCAGCAACAGCAUCAACCCGUCUCUGCCCGUGAUGACCACCCUCCGGUCCCCCAUCACCUCCCAGGUGUACCAGAUCACCCCUACAGGCUGUCUAGGCGGCGUCCCCUUUGUGUCGCAGUCGGGAGCUUCGUCUGGUCUGGUCUCGGCUCCCACAAUGCCCCUGACCGCUUCCUCCUCCAGUCAACAGCAACAGCCUCCCUCGUUGACCAGUGCGACCACCACAACCUCAGUAUUAGGCGUUACCCUUCACGCAGACAGAUUAGGUCCUUCCAGUAACAAAACUGGAGGUCCGAAUAGCAAAGGUGGUGUGGUGACAUCAGCCCGUCCUAUCGUUCCUGCUCCCUCACCUCAAAUGGCUGGUAUUGGGUCGCCAAUUGGUCAUGCUGCCAAUGCCUUGUCUUCCGUGAGUUCGCUGCAUGCAGCAUCUCUCAAACCGAUCCAACCUAAACCCACCGUUAUGGGCGACUAUCCGUCUAUCAGCCCGGCGUUGGCCGAUCUGAACAGAGACAAAAAUCGGAAAGUAAAAAAGAAAAAGGACAAAGAGGGCCAAAGCCCAGGCUCGAUAACGCCGGUCAACGUCAGCUCUCCCGACAGCAGAGGACUGUUUGCGUCACGUGAUCCCGGUGCGCCCGACCUGGGUUCUCAGGACGACCACAGAGAAGACAAUUCUGCUUUGAGAAAAUCGUCAACUGGCACUCCGUCCAAACCUUUGAACGUUACAAACAGUUCCUCGUUCGGCAGUUCCAAGCACACGUCUUCACCAUUCCAAAUGUCUUCCGGUAUGGGUGGGCCAGAUCAGCAUCACUUGACCACUCGAGUGGCUGUCCCUCCCUCCACAUUGUCUGUGGGACCAGCGGGCAGUUCUGACCCGAAGAGUCCAAUCACGGAAGACGUACACAGUCCGGCCUAUUCAGACAUCUCUGACGCUAACGAUAGUGGCUCUCCUGACCAACAGGACAGUCCCUCAAAGAAAGACGGUUCGCUGAAAAAAGACGGCCAGUUGAACGGACCCCAACAUGGUUUAGGCCCCGAUGGAGCUCCGCUUCCGGCACAUUUCAGCAACAUGUAUUAUUUUGGAGGACCUCCAAACUAUCUACCACACGGGUUAGCCCAGCAAAUGGGCUCUCCAACGCUCUCAAAAGGAGGGUUACCCAAGAAAGAUGGCAGCGAAGAUGGUAGACCUUCCAGUCGCGGGGACGAUCCCAAUGGGGAGAAGAAAGAUGGCGGUGUCCCUGGUGGUAAAACAGGUGCUCAACAGGAGGCAGAGCUUCAGCAGAAGUCCUUGAUUAACUAUUACGCCCACCUGCAUGGCGUCUCGCCCGCCGCUGUACAACUACAGUACAAUAUGGCUGCCUACAACCCCCCCUCCCUCGAUCCGUACGCUGCGCAGGUCUUGGCGCAGCAAGACCCGGUGUUCAGACAGCAUCUCGCGGAGCACCAGAAGAGACUUCUACAACAGCAACAACAACAGCAGCAGCAGGAUAUGGCAAGUAAAGGCGAUGACAGCUCUGAGAAACGCACUCCUUCGGGAAUAAAUCCUGCCAACAGAUUCAUGGGUGGCCCAGGGUUUGACAGCUCUAAGGGAGGCUUGCCCGGGGUAGCUCAUGGCACGGACAAUCUGGGGGAAUCAAAGAGGAUGGUAGAGGACGGAGAGCAAAACCUGAGAGACAAACAGAGUGAGAAUCAUCAGAUUCUGAAAGAGAAUAUUGAACUUAAGUCGCAAAUGGGAGUCAUCCAUCCUGACCAACAGAAUUAUCAUUUAAUAAAAGAGCAACAGCAACAGCAACAUUUGCACAAUCAGUUGAGGAGAGCUCAGCUCUUCCACCAACAGCAGCAACAACAACAACAUCAACAACAACAACAACAACAACAACAACAACCAGCAGCAGCAGCAGCAGCAGCAACAAAAACUGUAUGA